UCUCAGUUACACUCAGCCGAGCUCACACCUCCUCUCAACAUGACCUACAGCUGCUCCUCUGGAAACUUCUCCUCCCGCUCCUCGGGGGGCUACCUGCAGUACCCAGGCUCCUCCUGUGACUCUUCCUACCCCAGCAACCUGGUCUACACCACUCAUCUCCAGUCUCCCACCACCUACCAGCUGGGCUCCUCUCUCUCCAGUGGCUGUCAGGACACCUGCUGUGAACCCACCAUCUGCCAGAGGUCCUGUGUGGUGUCCAGGCCCUGCCCGACGUCCUGCUACCGCCCCUGGGUGCCCACGCUCUGCAGUCCCUGCCUGACCACUUACUCUGGAUCUCUGGGCUUUGGGUCCAGAAGCUGCCGCUCCCUGGGCUAUGGUUCUAGGAGCUGCUACUCACUGGGCUGUGGCUCCAAUGGCUUCAGACCCCUGGGUUAUGGAGCCCGUGGCUUCUCCUCCUUUGGUUAUGGAUCUGGGUUCUGCGGCCCAUUCUAUUCAGUUUUUAGGAGCUGUCAGUCUCCCUGUUACAGACCAACCUGUGGAUCAGGCUUCUAG